GGGCCCCUGUCUGAAGCUUCGCGCAGCCCCCCUCGUGCUCGGUGGUGUGCUCUCCGGGGGCUGCGGGUCCCUCCCCGAGGGGGUCGGGCUGCGCUGUUCAACGAGGGGGCUGUACCCCCGCCCGCCGCUGCCUUUGCGGACGGCGGCGUGAGGCCGGCGGAGCUGCCCGUGCUGAGCGCGGCGCGCCCUAUGUGCGGCUCUGCGGAGCCCGGGAGGCGGGUCCUGCGGGGACGCGGGCGGCCACUCGGCGGCUGCCGGGCUCUGGGCGGGGGCCGGCCCGGGCGCCGCCUCCUCCUCCGCCGCUGCCGCCUCCUCGCAGUGCAGCGUGAGUAGGGAGCCCAGGCUGGUGGACGCCGAGCCUCUCGGCUGCGCGGUCACCUCAUCCUCGAGGUGCAGCCGAUCCUCCGCGUGGCGCCCCAAGUCCUCCGAGCCGCCUGCGGAUUAGCCGAGGACCGAGCCCUCGAUCUCGUGCUUCCCGCAGCUCCCACCGCUCUCUCCCCCGACCCUCCUGCAGCCUCCCCUUUCUUUCCCCUUCGGAAAAUGGUUCCUGCUGCCGGGCGAGAUAUGUACCUCUCAUGACUGAUAGGAAGAAACUAGUCAUGGGCCAAAGGUCAAGAUACUUCCCUGGGAAAUGCUGCUGAUGCUCCUUUACAAAGUCAUAUGAUGAAUGUUUGGUUUAAGGAAGAUUUUCCUAUUUAAGAGAUUUUCAUCUUGGAAAUAUAUCAAGUGAAAAUUAUAGAGUCUUUUGGGAAACAUUUUCCUCCUAAUAAAUUAUACCUGUAAUGGGCGACAUGGCAAACAACUCAGUUGCAUAUGGUGGAGUAAAAAACUCUUUGAAGGAAGCUAAUCACGAUGGAGACUUUGGAAUUACACUCGCAGAGCUGCGGGCCCUCAUGGAGCUCAGGUCCACAGACGCAUUACGGAAAAUACAGGAAAGCUAUGGAGACGUCUCUGGAAUCUGCGCCAGGUUAAAAACAUCUCCCAAUGAAGGUUUAAGUGGAAACCCUGCAGAUAUAGAGAGAAGAGAAGCAGUAUUUGGAAGGAAUUUUAUACCUCCUAAAAAGCCGAAAACCUUUCUCCAGCUAGUAUGGGAAGCAUUACAAGAUGUCACUCUAAUUAUAUUAGAAAUUGCAGCCAUAGUAUCAUUGGGCCUUUCUUUCUAUCAGCCUCCAGAAGGGGAGAAUGCACUUUGUGGAGACGUUUCUGUUGGAGAGGAAGAAGGUGAAGGUGAAACUGGUUGGAUUGAAGGAGCAGCAAUCCUCUUGUCAGUAGUGUGUGUGGUGUUAGUAACAGCUUUUAAUGACUGGAGUAAGGAAAAGCAGUUUAGAGGUUUGCAGAGUCGAAUUGAACAAGAACAGAAGUUCACAGUCAUCAGGGGUGGUCAGGUCAUUCAGAUACCCGUAGCUGACAUUACUGUUGGAGACAUCGCUCAAGUGAAAUAUGGUGAUCUUCUUCCCGCUGAUGGCAUACUUAUUCAAGGCAAUGAUCUUAAGAUUGAUGAAAGCUCUUUGACCGGUGAAUCUGAUCAUGUUAAGAAGUCUUUAGAUAAAGAUCCCUUACUUUUAUCAGGUACUCAUGUAAUGGAAGGCUCUGGAAGAAUGGUCGUUACUGCUGUAGGUAUAAAUUCUCAAACUGGAAUUAUCUUUACCUUACUUGGAGCCGGAGGUGAAGAGGAAGAGAAGAAAGAUGAGAAGAAAAAGGAAAAGAAAAAUAAGAAACAAGAUGGAGCUAUUGAGAAUCGCAACAAAGCAAAAGCCCAGGAUGGUGCAGCCAUGGAAAUGCAGCCUUUGAAGAGUGAAGAAGGUGGAGAUGGUGAUGAGAAAGACAAAAAGAAAGCAAAUUUGCCAAAAAAGGAAAAAUCCGUUUUACAGGGGAAACUGACGAAACUAGCUGUUCAGAUUGGCAAAGCAGGUUUGUUGAUGUCUGCCAUCACAGUUAUCAUUCUUGUCUUAUAUUUUGUGAUUGAUACCUUCUGGGUUCAGAAGAGACCGUGGCUUGCUGAGUGCACACCGAUUUACAUCCAGUAUUUUGUAAAGUUCUUCAUUAUUGGAGUUACGGUUUUGGUGGUGGCAGUACCAGAAGGUCUGCCCCUUGCAGUCACUAUCUCACUAGCUUAUUCAGUCAAGAAAAUGAUGAAAGAUAAUAAUUUAGUAAGACAUCUGGAUGCUUGUGAAACCAUGGGAAAUGCUACAGCUAUUUGUUCAGAUAAGACAGGAACAUUGACAAUGAACCGAAUGACAGUUGUUCAAGCUUACAUAAAUGAAAAACAUUAUAAAAAGAUUCCUGACCCAGAAGCUAUUCCACCAAAUAUUUUGUCCUAUCUUGUAACAGGAAUUUCUGUGAAUUGUGCUUAUACAUCAAAAAUAUUGCCACCAGAGAAAGAGGGUGGAUUACCUCGUCAUGUUGGUAAUAAAACUGAAUGUGCCUUGUUGGGACUUCUUUUGGAUUUAAAGCGGGAUUAUCAGGAUGUUAGAAAUGAAAUACCAGAAGAAGCACUAUACAAAGUCUACACCUUCAAUUCUGUCAGAAAGUCCAUGAGCACUGUCCUGAAAAAUGCAGAUGGAAGUUACCGAAUAUUCAGCAAGGGGGCAUCUGAGAUAAUUCUGAAAAAGUGUUUCAAAAUCUUGAGUGCUAAUGGUGAGGCAAAAGUAUUCAGACCAAGGGACCGUGAUGAUAUUGUAAAAACUGUGAUUGAACCGAUGGCAUCAGAAGGCUUGAGAACCAUAUGUCUUGCAUUCAGAGAUUUCCCAGCAGGAGAACCAGAACCAGAGUGGGAUAAUGAAAAUGAUAUUGUCACCGGCCUUACAUGCAUUGCUGUUGUGGGGAUUGAAGAUCCUGUGAGACCUGAGGUGCCAGAUGCAAUAAAGAAAUGUCAGAGGGCUGGAAUUACUGUGCGGAUGGUCACUGGUGAUAAUAUUAAUACUGCUCGGGCUAUUGCCACCAAAUGUGGUAUUUUACAUCCUGGGGAAGAUUUUCUUUGCCUAGAAGGUAAAGAUUUCAACAGGAGAAUACGAAAUGAAAAAGGAGAGAUUGAGCAAGAGCGGAUAGACAAGAUUUGGCCAAAGCUUCGAGUGCUUGCAAGAUCAUCUCCUACUGACAAACAUACACUGGUUAAAGGUAUAAUUGACAGCACUGUUUCCGAACAACGCCAGGUGGUAGCUGUCACUGGUGAUGGUACAAAUGAUGGCCCGGCGUUAAAGAAAGCUGAUGUUGGAUUUGCAAUGGGUAUCGCUGGAACUGAUGUAGCUAAAGAAGCAUCUGAUAUUAUUCUCACGGAUGACAAUUUUACAAGCAUUGUUAAAGCAGUUAUGUGGGGACGAAAUGUCUAUGACAGCAUCUCAAAAUUCCUUCAGUUCCAGCUUACCGUUAAUGUAGUAGCAGUGAUUGUUGCUUUCACGGGCGCCUGUAUUACUCAAGACUCGCCACUUAAAGCUGUGCAGAUGCUAUGGGUAAACCUCAUCAUGGAUACGCUUGCUUCCCUGGCUCUGGCGACCGAACCCCCCACUGAAUCUCUCUUGCUUCGGAAACCUUAUGGUAGAAAUAAGCCUCUCAUCUCACGCACAAUGAUGAAGAAUAUUUUGGGUCAUGCAUUCUAUCAGCUUGUUGUAGUCUUUACACUCUUGUUUGCCGGAGAAAAGUUUUUUGAUAUUGAUAGCGGAAGAAAUGCUCCUUUGCAUGCUCCUCCAUCGGAACAUUAUACUAUUGUUUUUAACACCUUUGUACUGAUGCAACUUUUCAACGAAAUAAAUGCACGGAAAAUUCACGGUGAAAGAAAUGUGUUUGAAGGAAUCUUUAAUAAUGCCAUCUUCUGCACAAUUGUUUUAGGCACUUUUGUGGUGCAGAUAAUAAUUGUGCAGUUUGGUGGAAAACCUUUCAGUUGUUCAGAACUUUCAAUAGAACAGUGGCUAUGGUCAAUAUUCCUAGGAAUGGGAACGUUACUCUGGGGCCAGCUUAUUUCAACAAUUCCAACUAGCCGUUUAAAAUUCCUCAAAGAAGCUGGUCAUGGCACGCAAAAGGAGGAAAUACCCGAGGAGGAGUUAGCGGAGGAUGUGGAAGAGAUUGAUCACGCUGAGCGGGAGUUGCGGCGUGGCCAGAUCUUGUGGUUUAGAGGUCUGAACAGAAUCCAGACGCAGAUGGAUGUAGUGAAUGCUUUCCAGAGUGGAAGUUCCAUUCAGGGGGCACUAAGGCGGCAACCCUCCAUCGCCAGCCAGCAUCAUGAUGUAACAAAUAUUUCUACCCCUACACAUGUAGUGUUUUCCUCUUCUACUGCUUCUACUACUGUGGGGUAUUCGAGUGGUGAAUGCAUUUCGUAGUUCUUUAUAUGAAGGGUUAGAAAAACCGGAAUCAAGAAGUUCAAUUCACAACUUUAUGACACAUCCUGAGUUUAGGAUAGAAGAUUCAGAGCCUCAUAUUCCCCUUAUUGAUGACACUGAUGCUGAAGAUGAUGCUCCUACAAAACGUAACUCCAGUCCUCCACCCUCUCCCAACAAAAAUAACAAUGCUGUUGACAGCGGGAUUUACCUUACAAUAGAAAUGAACAAGUCUGCUACCUCUUCAUCCCCAGGAAGCCCACUACAUAGUUUGGAAACAUCACUCUGAUUGUAAGCUGAAUGUUAACACACUAGCUGCAUUGUAAAGAAACAAAUUGAAACUGGGUCUUUUCACAUAUUGUGACGGACAAGAUAGUAUUCUUGUCUCUGGACUUCAACAGAAGACAUACUUGUACGAAUGUAGAUUUAUUUUUUUAAAAAAAAAAAGCAAAGCUUUCUGCCAGACUGAGGGUGCUUUUUGGGGGGUGGGAGUAAUGAACUGACAGAUAAACAGUAACUCAGCAUAAGUCGACCUGUGGAUCAUCAGUAGAACCUAAGAAUGGUCCUGAACAGGAUGUUAGCAAAGUUUUAGUUGAUCUCAAUCCUUGAUGGGAGAGAGGGAGGAGUAAAGCUGGGCAAGCAAGCAAAGAGCCCUGGAUCAUUGAAUUGAUGCUUUAAUUUCUGCUGUUGGCUGUUAAUAAUUUGGAUUAUUUAUGUUUAUAAAUGAUGCAGAUCUGUUUACAAGGUUUGUAGAUACUUUUUUUGUUCCUGUUCAUAGAUGGGACGCUUCCUUAUAACUGAUGCAGAGAUAAAAUUAGUCCUUCAAAUACUGCUGUAUUUUCAGGAAAAAAAAAAAAAGGAGGGGGGUGUUUCUAUUGAAACUGUACUAAAUUUUUGCCUACAAUUUACCUUGUUAAAUACUGUAGAUAAAUUGCUAAUACUAAUAGCCAAAUAGAUAACACUAAUGCUUUGUUUUAAAAAAAAACAACAAUGAAAAAAAACAAAACAAAAAAAAAAAACAUGAGCAGUGGUGUUCUAAUGAAGUUAUGGCAUCUGUCUUAAUUAGUUUCUUAAAUACAUUUACUACUUAAUGGUUUUGAAACAACUGUUUAAUUUUUAAAAUUUUUGAAAACUUGCUAAUAACCUUUGUUCAGAAUUUAGUAGAUUGUUUAAUGCAGGACAUCGAUGACAUAAUGAAAGAUGCUUGAAAUGCUUUUGUUAUUUCAGGCAAAUCAAAUUAAAUCAAACUAUCAAACGACAAGAGAAUUUUAGUCCUUUUUGUUUUUGUCUAAACAUGUUAGUUCAGUGAUGUCUUGGUGAACUGUGAGUGAACUGUAUUGAUUUUAUUUUUUUCUAAUAAAUCCUUAGAAACCUUCAUACAGCAUGAGGGCUGUUGGCAUUUUGAAAAAGGUUAAUAAGUAGAAGCAUACAUGUUUUCCUUUUGUUUUUGAAACUUGUUUGUAAACAUAAAUAAAUAUGCCCUUUUAUUAAAUAAAUACACAGCAAUUUUUUUAAAAAAGAACUUUGAGCUUCUUUACUCAAUUCUGCCCAUGUGGUACAUCGGUCUGUUCUCUUUAACUGCAAUUGGAAUAAAUUUCAAGAUGGUAACAGCCCCAUGAGGUACCCUUUUUAAUUCCUUGGUGGCAAUCUACUAGAACCAGAUUAAGAAAAUCAUUGCAGUUUGACAUGUUCUUCAUAGAGUUUAUUUAGUUUGCUUAAAAUAAUCUCAGAGUUUAAAAAAAUAAUAAUAACAACCUCAUUGUCUCUGAUACAUUUGUUUUCAUUCUUAAGUGGCCAAAUAACAAAUCAGUUAAAAUGAUAAUGUGAAAAGAUGGGAAAGGCCCUAAAGAUAUAUAUUUAGAUAUCUUACUUAACCAUAUGCUGGAAUGCCUGUCUCUAACCCAGUUGGAUUUUUAAGUCUUUAUUUCUUUUGUCUGCCUUCUCCCCUUUGGCCUCUGUCUUUACCAUUUAGGAACUGGCACUGUGUUAGGGCCCAGAUUUCACCAGAUAUACAAUCCUCAGGCUGACAUAAAGUUUACAAGGACUACUACAACAUCUGAAAAUGCUGACCCAGCAAAGAGACAUUUAGUUGAUGGUGCUUGAUAUUUUUGGUGGGUGGGGGAGAAUCUUUUUCUCUCCAUCAAUCCUUUGCAGUUAUCCUCUGCAAGACUUAGAAACACACUGGCUCUGUCAGCAUUUGUAAUUGUACAUUACUCAUCAGGUAUUUAGAGUGAAUCAUACUGUAAAAAGAGGUAGCAUGAUAUGCUGGAAAGCAUACUAGGCUGGGAAUCAAGACCUGGUUUCUAGUCUGGGUUUUGCUAUUAAUGUGCUGCAUGACCUUGGGAAAAUCAUCUCCCCUACACGAGGGUGGUGGACUCGACUAUCUGGAAGAACCCUUUCUGACUCUAAAAAUUUAUCCUAUCAACUGGAGAGCCUACAAGGCAUAGGGAAUAGAGAAAAGGGAAGUGUUUUCAGUUUUCUUUUUUAUUUUGAUUAUGCUUAAAUAUGAAUGUAAUUACCAAAAGAUAUAGAAGUGCAUGUGCUUUGGAGGGUUUGUACUGAGCUUUUACAGUAUUCGUUUUUCAACUCAAGGCAAUGGCUUUUUACACCAACUCUAAUCCAUAAACGGGUCUUACGACAUCCAUGAAGUAGUAGCAAGACAUGCUUAGUGUGUAUUUCUCUCUUUGAGACACUGUAAUUUCUACCAGAAAUUUCCAGAGCAUUAUGUAAGUAGGAAAAAAAUGCAAGCAAGCUGUUAAAGAUCUUGGAUCCCAUUAUAUAGUAUGUAUUGCCGAAAUCAGCAUCUGUAAUUCAAUCACUUCUUCUCUUUUAUCCUCUAACCAAAAAAUUGUUUAAUUUUGCAUCCCAAAUGUUUUUAAUCUUUGUAUAUUUUUUAAAAAUCUUUUUCUCCUCAUCAUUGCCUUUUUUGUGGUUGUAAAUAGACUUACUUGCACUUUGAAGAUGAGUUACUCCUUGUCAUCUUAUAAAUAUGUGAUAUGGUAAUUUUCAUAACAGAUGUCAGUUUUGAACCAAGAAAUGGCAAUUUGUUUAUAAGAAAAAAAAAAAAAAACUGGCUUCAUUUCUGUGAAACUGCUCUUUGAAAAUUUCUUUUUACACGUGUAAGCCAACUGAGAUACCGUGAUGGUGUUGAUUUCUUUCAAUGAUGCUUACCAUCUAUUUUAGCCACUGAGCCUUUUAUUAUUUGUCUAUUUGUAAAGUUUAUUUGUCUUAACUCAUUUAAUAAAUAUACUGUUUAUCUGUUUCUGAA